AUGAUCUUCGCCUUUGUAUGGGUCUUUGGCCUCUGCAACCUAGUCGGAGCAUCAUAUGCACAUGCUGCUAAUGUCUCUAAUAAUGCUUGCAAUAUCAUCACAAGUCACUAUCAGCAGUGGCGAAAGGAUAAAUCGACAGACGGUCUUGUUGUUGAUCCUGACUUGGGAUAUAACUGCUUGAAAUCUGUGACCAUCAACAAUACCUUGGCAAACAAUUACCUAUCCGAACUGAUCAAAUACACUCAGUUUCAGUCUACUUUGACCAGCCUCAAAUAUCCUCCGAAGGACUACUACUGGCCAGCUGUCGACUUGGUCGGAGAGCUGGAAGACAUCCAGAAGAACAUAACCGCUGGAGCAUACCACAGCCAAUACGACGUCGAUAUAGAUGUAGCAAAGGUGUGGUCGUCUGCACAUGAUGGCCACUUUCAUACCGCCACAUGCACUUCUGCGGCAAUAACCUUUCAGCGAACUGUGUACUUGAUAUCAGUGUCCUCAGAUGGGCUCAAAGAUCCAUUAGUUUACGUCUACGACGAUCUUGCUGGGCUCCAGUCUGGCAAAAAAGUCUCAAAUAUUAUCACCAUCAAUGGCGAGGAUGCUAUUACUCUCCUAAAGAGUGAAGCAUUCUACAAUCUAGCAGACCCUGACUCGGCGUGGAAUUACAUGUUCUGGAAUACUGCUAGGGAUCCGAAAACGAUACCAUUAUCGGCAACAUUCACGUUCCCCAAUGCAGUCUUCAACUGGUAUCCCGGCAAGGAGACUAUUCUCGGUUUCGCAAAUGGCACAUCAAGAACGUAUGAAACACAGGCAGUUAUUGAUACAACCACAUGGGAUGAAGAUAUUACUGACGGGGAGGCAUUUUUCCAUCACUACUGUCUCGCUCCCGCCUCUACAGCGGCAGCAUCUUCCACCGCAACCGACCAAUCGUCGGCUGCUUCAACUACCACCAGUCCUGCCAUCCCAUCUGUCACUCGGAUAUUCGAACAUCCAGAAGCCGUUUUGCAAGACCCGUUUGACGUUGUGGCCGGCUAUUACCUCGAUGACGCCGGUUAUGAAGAUGUUGCAGUUCUCUGGGUCGCUCAGUUUCUGUCUUUCUUCAGCCAGAGCCCUGCUCAAUUGGAUACCAUACGAAAUGUAACAAGAGACUUUCUAGCAGAUGCAGUCUCUGCAGGGAAAACCCGACUUGUAGUGGACGUAAGCGGAAACUUGGGAGGGGUAUCUGGGUCACCAUUCGAAGUGUUUGACCGUCUCUUCCCGAAAGCGCGGACGGUUUUUCAUACAAACUAUGAAUUGUCGAAGCCUGUCAAGUUGGUGACCGACAGCUUUGGAGCGAUACCUGUCGAAGACCUGCUACCAAAGGCCAACGACUCGCAGGCUGACCAGCAGCUCAAAAGCGAGGCAUACUAUAAUGAUUACAACUAUCAUACCUGCGAGGAUGUGAAUGGAAAUAACUUCUCAUCCCUCGCUGAAUUUGCUCCUCCCGUCCAAGAGGCUGGCGCGAAUUUUACAGCAACAUUUCAACUGCCCCUCAACAACACCAUCUGGGAUCUGACACAGAAUUAUAUUCCAUUUGGGUAUGGACCGUACUACAAUGCCUCAUACCAACAGCCUUUUGAGAAGGCAAAUGUCGUCGUACUCAGUGACGGUACUUGUGCAUCAGCUUGCGCGGUAUUCCUUCAUCUGCUGAGGCAGUUGAACAUCAAAACAAUCGCAAUAGGUGGCCUGCCAGGUAGUCAGCCAAUGCAGGCUAUCGGCGGCACAAAGGGUGACCAAGCAGCCUCCGCAGAGAUUGUGCAACAUGACGUCCAGAUGCUGAUCCAGCUUGGAGCUAUUGCGGACGUGGAAACCGCCAAACAACUUCUCCCAGGCUUCGUCCCGCUGCCUCUAGGCGACAUCAAGGGCACGGUUUUCAGGGAAUAUGGCAUCAACACCCGCAAUCAUCUUUUGCCAAAUGAUACGAUACCUUCGAUGAUGCGGUUCGAGCCUGCCGGUUGCCACAUUUACUAUACGCCGGAGAACGUAGCGGACGUUCAGCGCAUGUGGCGAGAUGCCGUGGAUAUUGCUUGGAAUGGCAAAGCUUGCGCAGCUGGGGGGUUCCCGACCAACGCAUCAGGCUCUGGGUCGGGACCAAAAUCUCCGUCUCAUGUUACAAGCGAUGCCCGGAUGGAGAAGGCUAUAGACGUAUUAGCCACCUUGGCGUUGAUUGUCGGUGGCAUCCUUGUUCACAACAUGUAA